AUGGGUAAUGCAGGAAGUAAUCAACCUAAAGAAUGGCAUAAGGACAAUAUAACAAAGCAAACGGAUGCAGGGCCCUCAUCCCCUGCAAAAGAGGGAGAAGCAUUUACUUUCGACAAAAAAGUUGACGAUGAUCGUAUUGGUCGAGAAGAUGACAGUAAUAUAGAAGACGGAGCUCCAUAUUAUACAAAGGCAGUUCCUGAAAGUAACGUGGAAUAUAAUGAAACAAGGGAAAGGUCAAACACCUUAACUGAAAGCACUAAAGACCCUGAUGACAUUGAGGUUCUACCAACAGUUUUUAAAUGGGAGGGUGGAGGCAAACAGGUUUACAUAAGUGGUACUUUUACUGAUUGGAAAACUAUUCCGAUGGUGAAGUCUCAUGGAGACUUUGUAACUAUCAUAGAUUUACCUGAAGGUGAACACCAAUAUAAGUAUUUUGUUGAUGGGGAAUGGCGACAUGAUCCAACAGUGAAAGUUGUAGAUAAUGAAAUGGGAUCCAAAAAUAAUUUAGUAACUGUGAAAAUGUCAGAUUUUGAAGUAUUCCAAGCAUUAGCAAAGGAUAGUGAAGGGGUUCAUAGCAGUGCCCAAACUGAAUAUUCACAGGAAAUCCCACAAUCUAAACCUUGGGAAAAAAUAUCAGGCCCACCUAUAUUACCACCCCAUCUUCUUCAAGUCAUAUUGAACAAAGAUACUCCACUUUCGUGUGAACCUACGUUGCUACCUGAGCCCAAUCAUGUUAUGCUGAACCAUUUAUAUGCACUGUCCAUUAAAGAUGGUGUAAUGGUCUUAUCAGCUACACAUCGUUACAGGAAGAAAUAUGUGACAACUCUCCUCUACAAGCCAAUA